AUGAGGGAGAGGUCACAGAGCUUACCCCCGAGGAGGCCGAGAACCCACUGGUCCGCUAAGGGCUCCAAGAAGCUGCGCCUGGACCCUAGCAUCUACGAAGCCAUCCAGAAGGAGCGUGUCACGGUCGGAGACGUCAUCUACAUUGAAGCCAACACCGGCUCAUGCAAGCGAGUCGGGCGGUCCGAUGCCUAUGCGACCGAAUUCGAUCUCGAAGCUGAGGAGUAUGUGCCUGUCCCCAAGGGCGAGGUUCACAAGAAGAAGGAGAUUGUUCAGGAUGUGACUCUUCACGACCUGGAUAUGGCCAACGCCAGACCCCAGGGCGGACAAGACGUGAUGAGUAUGAUGGGCCAGCUGAUGAAGCCCAAGAAGACGGAAAUCACGGACAAGUUGCGCCAGGAAAUCAACAAGGUUGUCAACCGGUACAUUGAUCAGGGUGUCGCAGAGUUGGUUCCUGGUGUUCUCUUCAUCGAUGAGGUGCACAUGCUUGACAUUGAGUGCUUCACAUAUCUGAACCGUGCCCUCGAAUCGACCAUCUCCCCGAUUGUCAUCCUCGCCUCCAAUCGCGGUCACACUGUUAUCCGCGGUACCCACGAAAUCAGUGCCGCACACGGUAUUCCCCCCGAUCUGCUUGCCCGCCUGCUUAUCAUCCCCACCAACCCCUACACCCCCGAGGAGAUCAAGACUAUCAUCCGGCUGCGCGCCAAGAUUGAAGGUCUCAAUAUCACAGAACCUGCCUUGAACAAGGUCUCGGAGCACGGCAGCAAGGUCAGCUUGCGGUAUGCCCUGCAGCUGUUGGCCCCCGCAAGCAUUCUAUCGCGCGUCAAUGGCCGCCCCGGCGCAAUUGAGGAGGCUGAUAUUGCUGAGUGCGAGGACCUCUUCCUGGAUGCCAAGCGCAGCGCAAUCAUUGCGGAUCAAGAUAGCAAGAAUUUCCUGUCAUAA